AUGGAGCCUUACCCAAAUCACACCUCAGUGGCAUCAAAUGUAAAUCCGUAUCACUGCCAGCACAGCAAAGAAAUGUUUGUUGAUACAGAUGCAGUGAAGACAGUGAAGGAGGGACAUUCAGUCACUCUAAACACAAAUGUUACUGAACUACAGACAGAUGAUCUGGUGAUAUGGACAUUUGGAUGUUCAGAGACUCUUAUAGCUGAAAUCAAUAAACGAGCUAAUAUCUACAACACAUCUGAUGUUCCUGAUGGGAGAUUCAGAGACAGACUGCAGCUGGAUCAGCAGACUGGAUCUCUGACCAUCACAAACACCAGAACCACACACUCUGGAGAAUAUACACUAGCCAUCAGCGGCAAGACAGAGACCACAUACAGAUUCAAUGUUACGGUCUAUGCUCAUCUGCCUGUUCCUGUCAUCAGUAGAGACUCUCCACAAUGUUCAUCAUCAUCAUCAUCAUCAUCAUCAUCAUCAUCAUGUUCACUGGUGUGUUCAGUGGUGAAUGUGGGUCAUGUGACUCUCUCCUGGUACAAAGGAAACAGUUUAUUGUCCAGCAUCAGUGUGUCUGAUCUCAGCAUCAGUCUCUCUCUACCUCUGGAGGUGGAAUAUCAGGAGAAAAACACCUACAGCUGCGUUGUGUCUUAUUCAUUAAUCAAUCAGACUACACAUCUCAACCCCUAUCUCUGUCAUACAUAUUCAGCCGCCGAGUGA